CCCGAAUCCCCCGAAUUUAGGAGAUUAAAAAAAUUAGAGGGCAGAUCCAAGGGUGUCAACUCCGACAUCCACAACGAUAUAAGCUGCAGCUCAGCAGAAUUCACCUCCGUUCCCCCCUCAUCCUCUCUUGCGGGAGUAGGUUUGUUUAAGUUGCUAGCAGGCAAGAUAUUUCUUCAAGGAGCGCAGUUCCGCUACAAUUUAUACGCAAAUAAACAGGCGGCAACUGAAAGCCACAAUGGCGACGCCAGUUCCGUUAUCUUCCAAAGCCUACAUCGACGGGAUAUAUAUCCCUGCCGGUCUACUAGUGCUUGGAACAUUCAUUGUCAAAAAGGAAUGGACGCCUGCUGCAGCUCUUGUUGCAAUUGCUCUAGGAUUCCUGAAAUACUUCCGCUCGUUACCCAAGAAGAUCUUGAAGCCAGAUGUAUUCCAGGAAUUCGAAUUGAAAGAAAAGACAAUUAUUUCCCACAAUGUCGCCAUUUACCGAUUUUCCUUGCCCGCUCCGACUUCCAUCCUCGGUCUUCCAAUUGGUCAACACAUCUCAAUUGGUGCUGUCCUCCCGCAACCCGAUGGUUCUACUAAAGAGAUUGUGCGAUCUUAUACGCCAAUUUCUGGCGACCACCAGCCUGGUUACUUCGACCUCCUCAUUAAGUCGUACCCGACAGGUAACAUCUCGAAGCACAUGGCAUCACUAGCCGUGGGCCAGACGAUCCGUGUAAGGGGACCUAAGGGCGCUUUCGUUUAUACUCCUAACAUGGUCCGUCAUUUCGGAAUGGUUGCCGGUGGUACUGGUAUCACUCCCAUGCUCCAAGUUGUGAGGGCCAUUAUUCGAGGACGACCCACGGGUGAUCGAACGCAGGUGGACUUGAUCUUCGCCAACGUAACCGAACAAGAUAUCCUACUAAAGGAAGAUCUCGAUGCUCUGGCCAAAGAGGACUCAGGUUUCAGAGUUCACUAUGUUCUCGACAAGCCUCCUGAGGGAUGGACCGGUGGCGUUGGAUUCGUCACUGCUGAUAUGGUUGAUAAAUGGUUACCGAAGCCUGCUCCUGAUGUUAAGAUACUGCUCUGCGGUCCACCUCCCAUGGUCGGUGGGUUAAAGAAGGCAGCCGAGAGUCUCGGUUUCCAGAAGGCUCGUCCCGUCAGCAAGCUGGAAGACCAAGUCUUUGCUUUCUAGAUAGAGUAUUAGACAUGGUCACUACCUAUCUUCUACUGAUGAUAGUUGCUAGAUAAUCUGCGUGGGUUAUCUGGCUUCCAAUUCUCGGGAAGCUAAUAUUCUAGAAAAGGGGGAAUAAGCGUCUAUCUUAAUUGGUUCAUAAUACCUUUUUAGAUAAAUGAAUCCACAACAAAUAACCUGCUUGUAAAAUUAAGGGACCCCACGUGAAUAUGGCUCGUAUUAGGUUGUAGAAUGUCGUUCUGACAUUGAUCAUGUGAGUAUCUAACCUUCCCAAAGAUGGCGUCCAAACUCUUUUUGCUCCGGUAGUGAUUUUUAACUAGGCUGACUUGGAGACAUUAGGUAAUCAGGUAGAUAUAGGUUGUUUGAGGCUAGCGUUUAUUUCUAGUUACGGUGUUUAGUUCAACUAUAUGGCACUCAUGCUUCCUUUAUUUUGUGUAGCGCUAACUCAUCCAUCUAUGGAGGCUGGAAAAUGCGUAU